AGGUUUACUUCCCAGGAAGUGUGUGCUUUUGACACAUUGUGGCAUGCUUUGUUCUAAAAGAUACUCAAUGCUGUUGUUAUAACGGCGCAACAACAACGUCUGCAACAACUGUGCAACAUCUUGACUGAACUGAAACAAACGCCUGAGUGACGCAACCGGUGCGACACCCGUUCGAACUUAUUUCGUGUAGCACGUUCCGACUUGAGUUGGAAUUUUGUGAUCUAUAACCGUUUUUCUUUUAUUUUCCAAAUUUAGCAUUAAAAAGAUUUUUUUCGGAAAUUGUGUUAAAUUUCAAAAAAAAGGAAGAAAGUGUUUCAGGAAGGUUUUGCAGGAAAAUCAGGAAGAAGGAAAACACACAAACGUCGAGUUUGGACGAACCGUCUCAUCAAGUAGAUGGUCACAAAAAUGAGGCUCCACGUGGAAGUGGCGCUAUGCGUCAUGAUUAACGCACUCUUCGUCCACUCGGCCGUGUACACGCCGGGCAACGCCCCCGUCUACAACCCGAACGCCGCCGUCGAGGCGAUCCUCCCGUCGCAGGUCAACAACCCGGGCUACCUGGUCACGCAGACCGUGUACGGCUUUCUCGAUUUCACCACCACCAUCGGCAACACCGUGAUGAUCUUCUCGCCGCAAAGCGCGGCCCCAGCUGUCACCGAGCCCCCGAAGACGACACCGGCAGCGCCGGUGAUCGAAACGUCCCCACCGACGACGACCACGACGGAACCGGCCCCGGCGGAGGAGAUCAAACCCAGCCGGACGGUGAUCCUGCCGGCGGUGCAGCCCAAGGAGAAGGUCAGCGUGGUGCAGGUUCUGCCGGAGGCUCCGAAACCGUACGUGGUCAAGGCGAACGCCGCUCCUCCGACGGUGAAGUUUGUGCAGAAAGCCGUCACGCCGGUGAAGGUGAAGCCGGUGGCGAAGCCGAAAACGAAGGUGUCGAUCGUGGAGGUGACACCGGUGAAGCAGGUUGAACCGGAGGUGGAGGAGGAGCCGUUCAAGGUGCAGGUCAUCAAGCCGGCUGCGCCGAUCAUCAAGGUUAUUGGAGCCAAGGUGGAGGUAACGACGGAGAAGGAGAUUGUUACGCCGGAACCCGUGCAGGAAGUUGUGCCUGAGGAGGAGGUUCAAGAGGAAGAGGAGGACGAAGAGGAAGAGGAACAACAAGAUGAAGUUCAGGAAGAGGAGGAAGUCAAGGAAGAAGAAUCAGUGAAGGAGGAACCUGCUCAAGAGGAACAUAAAGAGGAGGAAGUUGAAGAAGAGGAAGAGGAACAACACGAAGAAGUGGUCAAAGACAAGAAGGAACCUGCCAAGACCGUUGAGGAACCGACGAUUGACGCCGAACAGAAGGAACACUCGCCGAUCGUGUUCUCCAGCAUUACGGAAGAGAAUGAAGCAGAACACGAAGACGAGCACGAUCAACACGACGAGGAAGAACAGGACGAGGACGACGAGCCCGCGCCGGUGCUCCAGAUUGGCAAUAACAUCGCUCCCGAGCCGGAGUACGACUUUUUGUCCCGCCAGCCGUCCGAAUUUGUGGAAGAAACGUACCGAGUGGUGAACCUGAAGCCAACGGCCACCGCUUCACAGGCUGGUGCCGCUUCAUCCGCCCCAACCAAGCCCAAAGGCAAACGGGGACAAGGUAAUAAGAAGCCCCGCCCGACGGGACUGGUCACCAAGCUCGGUGGAACCGUGGUCAAGGACGGCGCCACAACGGUCCACGAAACGAGCGUAAUCGGCACCUACAUUUCAGGAAAGUAUGCCCAGGUCCUACAAAGCACUUCUCAUGUAUUUCAAGGUAACGCCGCCGCCGCCGCCGCUCCUGCCCAAAAAGGUCCCGCUCCGGGUCCCAAAAACAUCAACCCAAGUCAAACGCUACGAAUCUUGAAAACGGCCGCACCAAACCCCAACAAGACCCCGCGAUACAACGCGGAACUGGCUUCAAUAAUCACCCCAUCCCCGUCGCACGCGCAAGCCCUCGAGGACACCGGUCUCCCGCUGGAGAACCUAUUCGCGGCCCAGCCAGCCUCGAACUUGGUGCGGCCAUCGCGCCGACUUGCAGGACCCGGAGCUGGCCUGAACGGCGGCAGCUUCAAGAACCGCCUCAAGAAUCGCAUCGGCAAGGACGACAGCAACGAUCUGCAGGAGCGAUCGGACCAGGUCGACGAACCGGUCGGACCACCAGUGGCGGCGGCCGCCUCGGCGCCAAGCUUUGGUAAUGGGAAGAAAACUAACCGAUACCGUAACACGCAAACCGUCAAGCCUAACAACGUCGGCAAGAACACUCGCUAUAACCGAUUCUCUACAUCUAGUGUGGAACUGGCGACGGUGUCCGUUUUCAGUGAACCUGCGAGCAGUACUCCUGCCUAUGCCAACAACCGGCGCCACAAGCAACAGUCCUCUCGAAACAAUUUCAAGCCAAGUUCGUCAUCCCACAGCAGCUCGCCGUCAUCGCCAUCCCAACGAGAUUCAGCGCCCAAGUACCAGCAGCAGCACCAUCAGCAACAGCCGGAAGCCGACCGACGAUCGUUCAAGCCGAACCUGCGACCGACCCCGCCGGAGGGUUCCGACUCCACCACCUCGACCAGUCUGUACAAGUUCAAGCUGAACCGAUCGCCGGGCCGUUGGCAGUACAAGAGCCCACCGAAGCCGACGGUGAACAUCCGCAAGCAGACCGGCGCGACGAAGCCCAAGGACACGGUUGAGAAUCUGACGAACGCCCCGAUUUCGGACACUUCCGUGCAGUACAAUGAACUCACCCAGAAUGGGGAUGGGCAGCCGGAGAAGGUCGUCGAUUCGGAUGUGGAUCUGGACCAGAGCGGAUCGGUCAAUGGGAACGUGCUGAACGAUGCGGAGAACGAUAACCAGAUUGAGCGCCGGUAUCCGGUGGAGACGAUCAAGGUGGAGAUUUCGACGCCGGUCGACUUUAAGGAUACGUACUACGAGAUUGCGACGAUCAAGUCGCCGUACACUUUCCAGGUUGGCACCAUAAAAAACACCCGCUACAUCACCGUGACGUCAACGUUCGAGAAGACGCUGGAGCAGGAAACCGCCACCAUCACGCCCUCGCUUACGGAACCCCUCACGGAGAACAUCCUCGCCACGACCAGCCACAUCGACAAGGAGAGCAACCUGCUGGACUCCAGCAUCGCCACACUGCCUGCGAUCACGCUUUCCGGUGAUACCGAAACUCCCCCGCUGGAGACGCUCACGGAGACGUUCAGCACGACGCAGGAGAUGCUCAAGACGCACAUCUUGCCGGUGAUUCGGGACGGCACCGAUACUACGAGCUACACGCUGAUUCAGACUUAUCACGUUACGAGGUUGGUGACGGCGACGAAGACGCUGCCGCCGAUGGAGUUGUACCAGUUUGUGCCGUCGAAGACGCUGAAUGAGUUCAACAGUCGGUUGGACGAAGCUGGGUCGGAAUUGCAUCUGGAGUUGGAGUUUGGCGAUGAGAACGAUGAGGACGAGGACAAGCCGAAGCGAGAGCGACUGCCGUCGGAUUUGGAUCUGUCGAGCAUUGGGUCGGACUUUGAUUUGAGCGAGGUUGACAAGACUAACAUUCCGGAGAAGUUGCGGCCGAAGAAGAAGGUUUCGUCGCAGAAGGACGCCAACAAGAUCACGACCGAGGCUCCGGUCACAACCCCGAACUUGACUCCGGAUCAGCUGCAGCAGCUGGCGCUGCUUCGACUGUUGAACCCGGCUGCCGCCGCUCAAAUCCCGUCGGUCAUCACUUCGUCCAAACCGAUCGUCAAGCUGGAAACCGUGUUUGAAUCGCACGUCCUCCCCAUCAUCAACGGUGCCAACACGAUCUUCAGCACCAUCUCCCGCCCCAUCGGAACCAUCACCAAGACCAGCUACGAGGUCGUCACCACGACGCUGCCAUCGCUCCCGAUCCCGCCAAUCCCCCAACUGAACCCCUUCCAGAUCCAGCCGACCCAGCAGCUCCAGCUCCAGUCGACCCCGGUCGUCACGCAAACCGUCGUCACCGAAACCAACAGCAAGAUCCUGAAGCUGACGUUCGGCGCCAAGACCGCCUACACUACGCUCUACUCCACGAAGGUCGUCCCAACCCAGCUCACGACCUACUUGACGCAAUCCGUGGCCGUCCAACCGACGGCGGCCGCCUUCCCCGGGUACUUCCCGGCGCCGUACGCACCCUUCCCGUACGUCGGUUAGGAACAUCCCACCCCAAAACCCCACUCUAGGCUAGAAUAACGAAUUUAGGACAAAAUAUUUUAAUUACGAAACCCUCCAACUAUCCACACUCUAGAAUUACGGUCGGGAAGAUACGAAUCGCGCGAAACACGCGCAAAUUGAUCCCUUCCGGGGUGCGUGACGCGGGCGAGCAGCAGUGUUGCCAGACGCAAAUUUACCCUUUUUCUGCGCCGGAAGUGGCUUUGGAAGGAAAGAGUCUCAACUAUGGGUUGAUUGUGGCCAUAAAUUGGCCUUUGGCGUGACGUGAAGAGAACGUUGAGGAGUUGUUGUUGCGGCAAAUUAUAGGUGUGUGUGUGGGUAAGUUGGAACUAGAUAGACGUCGAGGGGUGCAACGAUGGAGUUGAGAACUUUGGGUUGAUUGGAAAAUAGAUUUCAAUCGAUUUUUCAACUGUAGAACGAUCGAAACAUUUAAAAUUGUUGAUUUCGGUGAAAUUCUACCGAAAUUUAGUAGCAAAUUUUAUAUUCACCACAGAGUUACACAUAUUUGACAGUUUCUAUUGUUUGGUGCUUUGGUUCGCUCUCAACAAGAUGGCUCUUGCAAGAUUAUUUAAGAAUUUCAAGUAAAAUUAUCCAAAUUAACGUAUUGUGAAAUCACAGCCAAAAAGAUGAGGCAAAUCUAUCCUAAUUUUCAUAAAUCCACACUUGAACUGAUAUUUUGAAACAUCAAAAACUCACCACGGCAAUUAUAAAUUCACCACAGCUCGUUUGACAGUUGCCUCAAUGUAUUUCCGUGUUGCGCGCACUCACAACUAGAUGGCUCUAGUGAUAAAUUAUUUUAGAUUAUUUUUCUACAUGUCCCACUAUUGUUUAUUUGUUAGCCGGCAGUCAGCAAUUUGCUUAAAUUAUUAAAUUUGUUCACAAAAUGCUUGAAAUAUCAUUUUGUUUAAAUAUUUUAUUAUAUGUAUAUGGAAUGCUAUUCUUGCUUAUCUUUUUUAUCUAACAGUUUGAACAGGCUUAUUAUAAUUAUAAUAUUAUAACUUUUGUAAAUAAAAGUGCAUCCCUCACACACCUUAUUUUAACUGACAUUUUUAUGAAAGGAAUACACUUUUGUUUACAAAAGUGAUGUGCCCUUUUAAAAUGUUAGGUUCCAAGUUCAACAUGAUUUAAACAGUUUAAUUGAAUACUUUUUUUUAGAAGUGUUUCAAGUUUCGUAAAUCGAAAUGUCAAAUAAUUCUUUUGAUUGGCAAAUAUUAAAUUUUAAGUUUAUUUUCCAACGUUGAUUCAUUUACUUAGUUUACCUAUCUUGUUUCCUCUGUCAGAGAAAAGACUAUAGUUGUUAAUUUACAAAUUAAGUUCAACAAUUUCAAAUUACUGAAACCAAAUUUUCAACCCUCAAAAUUCAAAAUUUUAUUUUGCUUGUUUUAAAUUCUUUAAACAGUAAUUCAAAUGACAUUUUUCAAUAAUUUUUCAUGAUUUUUAAUCUAUUAUUGGGUCAGUUCCAAUUUUAUUUCAAGUUUUUGUCCCUCUACCCUUAAAAAAUUUGCCAAAAAAUCAAAAAGCCAUCGAAAAAAAUUAAAUUUGCAUUGGAAAACAAGUGAAAUUGAUCGUAAACUAUUUAGAAUAUAUUUUGUAACGUUUUUUCGUGCACUUUUAUAUAAAAUUGAUGUUGAUAACGUCAUGAUUCGAAAUCCGGACACUUAGUACCAUAUUAUUUUUGUUAUAGCUGGCAAAAAAUCAUGAAAUAAGUUGGAAAUGUAGAAAUAUCAUCAGGAUUUAGUAUAAACAGUCAGUUUUAGGAGACUGCAUGCAAAAUAUGCCUUUUCUAACAAUUUUUCAUCAGAAUUUGAAAACUAAAAUGAUUUGUUGUGCUUCGAAUCCCGGACACUGUUAAAAGCUGAUUCGAAAUCCGGACACUCGAUUUUGCUUAUGAAUCGCACAAAUUUGGACUGAAAUGUUAGUGAAUGGCAUUCUUUAGGUCUCAAAUAAGCUGUUAACAUCAAAAUAAUCGAUAGUUUAUAUAAAAAAUGGCUAGAAUUUAAGAAAAUCAAAAACAUAAAUUUCUGCUUUGCCUUCCCGGUGCUUCGGACGCCUAUGAAAUAUUUCCGUUGAAAUGUUUCGCAUUUUUGGUAAACUCAUAUUUUUAUUUAAUUUAAUUGUGUUGGCAUUAACUACAGCGUCCAAACAAACUUUAAAUGAAAGUUGAUGUUAGAAUUCAUCAAAUAACACAGUUUUGACAUUCAUAAUGCGAACUUAUAUCCAAAUAAUUGAUAAAGAAAGUUGAAGUGUCCGGGUUUCGAAGCGUCCGGGAAUUCGAAUCAUGACGUUAAGUCUUCCACAAAUUUGAAAUUUUGAAAGAGUAGUUCAGGAAGCAAAAAUUUGUGACAGUAGAAAUGCGCACUAGUUUAAAUAAAAUUCAAUUUUGUGACAGUAAUAUUGUUUCAAUUUUUUUUUUGUACUUUUGUUCAGAAAUCAUAAAAAGGUUUUAAAUAUUAAAUAAAGACUUUUCUUGUCUCUCUCUCGACUUCGGCCAAAGCUGAGGGACAAAAAAUCAAAUUUGUACUUGUAAUAUUAUUUAAAAAAAAUCAGUAAAAAUAUUUGAAAAAUUCAAAUAAAAUGUUAUGAAAAGUAUUAAACUUGUCAAAAACAAAAAUGUAGUCCAUAAAAAAAUUUGUUUUUGACCCUAUAUUCUGAGCAAAAUUUCCUGGUUAUGUUCAAGAUUUGUCAUAUUAUCGAUUAUCCAAAUUUUAAGAUUCACGAUUCAAACACUUUGAUCGGUGAUCUUAAUUUGUAGGCUUCUCAAAAAAUUUAGAAAAUUCUUGCUAAAAAAUGGAAUAAAGCAUCAGAAAUUAAAAUAAAAAUCUCAAAUUUUUAAGUGUGUCAAAAAAGUUGAAAUUGAAACCUAAAUAAUUAAAAAUUGUUUUAUGUAAACAAAAUUAAAUUAAAAAAAUAUUUAAAAAAAAUAUUGGGAAUCUUGAAGUUUAUAUGUUUUGAUAUGGUUAAACUAGCUCGAUUAUCCGAAGUAAAUUUUUUUUUUGUUUUUUUUAGUUCAAUUAUUUGACAUUUUAUGGGACUUCAAGUAAUCGAGUCAUAAACAUACUUUUUUCGCAUUUUUUUAUUUUAAAAAUUUAAUUCCAAUUCUGUGACCCCAUUUAAAGCAAACUUGAGUUGUUAAUUGCCUUUUAGCUUGCCAAAUACAUUUUUCAGUAUUUCUACCCCACCAUUUUGGCCACCAUCUUGGAUUUAAAAAUUCUAUGUCAGUUUAGACCAUGUUUGGGGUUAUGUUCAAGCUUAACUUUAAAAAUUUUUCGAGGCCUUCGGAUAAUCGAGUCUGAACUUUAGUUACUCAUGAUGAAUUUGUAGAUUGCUUAAUAUUUAUAUAUGUUGGUGACAUGAUUUUUGUUUGAAAUUACUAGUUUUUUGUAAUUACUUCGUAUUUGUGAUUAUGUUUUGAAAAAUCAACACUUUUUUGGAUUCCCAUUAUUUUCUUGACAAUAAUGAAUAAAAAUAUAUAAAAUAUAAAUUAUUUCUGUAAAGUUAUAAAUAAAUAAAAUAAAAAUACUUACCAAUUUAAAGCAGUUAUCUCUUUUCCUCACCAACAACACUUGAUCACUUCACAUCAAGUUUCACCACGAUAUCCACCUCUGAAAACUUCAAUUUGACGUCCGCAAUCGAGGUGAAACACCUCGGCAGACCCCUCUCAACCCCCUGAAAAAAAGUCCGAUUUGCAACGCACGAAUGACUUAUGGGCAAACGAAGGCAAACGCACCAGACAGGUGGUACCACCCUCCAUUUUCCCUUCAAAGAAGCCUAUUCUGAUCCAAUCUACUUUUAUUUUUUGCACGUUACACCCUCAAGUUUUUACCCUCUUCGUGACUUCCAGUGGAGUUCUUUUUUUGCUCGUCGCGGAAGUAAACGCCGGUGGGUGGGUGGCUAAUAACAACAACUAUAAUUUCGAACCGAGCGGUGGAGUUCUAGGACCAUCGUAAAAGCAGGUGCUUAUUCCACUGCCGACGCCGCUGUUUAUCAACAUAAAUUUACUUGAUGUACGAUUAUCACUUGUUUAUGGGCUUUUCCGAGGAGUUUUUAGCCGCUCCAUUUGGAGGGGGCGGAUCCUUUUACGAGCUCUUUGGGAUCGCUUUUAUUUUGAGAAAGGGAAGAAAUUGAUCUAUUUUUAUCAGAA